AUGACGACAAAUAACUGUCCUGCGCGGUCAGAGCCAACGCUCUCAUUCACCCAAGGAUUUAUCGUCGGACAGAUCUCCGUUGUUGUGAUACUUGCCGCGUUUAUCAAGUUUUUCAUAUUCGGAGACCCUCCUUCACCAGAUGUCACGGCCUCAUUACGCGCAACGGAGCGCCGCUCCAGGACCCUGGCACACAAGCAGUCCCUGCUUACCCUGAGAUCUCAGGGCCACCGCCAUGGUCAGGGAUUAAAUCGCAAAAAGUCAACAGUCCUCCGCAAUCCACCGGCCCUUACCAUCGGCUCAAUUCUGAGUAAGACGUAUUACAAUGUCGAUAGCCACCAGCCAGAGAGCCUAGACUGGUUCAAUGUCUUGGUCGGCCAGACGAUUGCUCAGUUCCGCAGCGACGCACAGCACGACGACGCUAUCCUCAACUCACUGACGAAGGCGCUCAACGGCACUUCACGCCCAGACUUCCUUGACGAGAUACGUGUGACGGAGCUUAGCCUGGGUGAGGAUUUCCCGAUUUUCAGCAACUGUCGCAUAAUCCCCGUGGACGAGGACGGCAUUAGUCUCGGAGCGGGCAUUCGAUUUGAUCCUGCGACAGCAGCGCGGGACGGCACCCGUCUCCAAGCGCGAAUGGACGUGGACCUGAGCGAUAUGCUCACUCUGGCGGUAGAGACGAAGCUACUCUUGAAUUAUCCAAAGAAGCUUUCGGCCAUUCUACCGGUUGCCCUUGCUGUGUCGGUCGUCAGGUUCAGCGGGACUCUUUCGAUUUCGUUCAUCCCGAGCAAUCCAUCCCAGUCCACGCCGGCCAUGAUGACAUUCAACUUUUUAGACGACUACCGACUGGACUUUUCGGUCAGGAGCCUGUUAGGAAGUCGGUCUCGACUGCAAGACGUCCCAAAAAUUGCCCAGCUCGUCGAAGCCAGACUACAUAAAUGGUUCGAUGAGCGGGCCGUGGAACCGCGGUUCCAGGAGAUUGCUCUCCCGAGUCUCUGGCCGCGUAAGAAGAAUACACGAGGCCCGGAUGAUGCGUUGGGUGAGGGUUCAGGCUCCAUGGGCCGUGCUAAGGGCAAGGAGAGCGAGCGCGAGCUUCGCGAAGACAUGCGCAGUCGGGACUCGUUUGGCCAUGCGGAUACAAGAGAUCCAGCGUCUAUGCGCCAGAGGCGGUCGUGGCGAGAUGAGGAUGACUAUGCCAUGCCCGGGUCACUGCCUGGGGUGAAGCAGGAUGCCCGGUAG